GAAUUGGAUCCCGUGGCUGCUUCACCGGCGGGUCAACGGUUCUCUGAUGUGCCGAAAGGACCCCUUGAGUUGGGUAGGUCGACCGUAAGGUAUACUAUAGGUGGUGUAGGAAGUAGUACAUGUACCGCGUCGCCAGGGUAGUCUCGAAUCUUUUCCCAGGUUGGGUUAAGGGUCAGAGAUUGAAAGAUGGGGUGCUGCUGCUGCUGCUGCGGCUUCUGCUGCGGACUGGUCUUCCUGAUGGAAGACGAUACAAAGCGAUAACAGUAAUGAAAAAGCCAAUUGCCAAAGUUGCUGUAAGCGCGUCCAACCGGGUGAUUUGGAUGGACAGACGGAAUCAAGCCCCCAGUGGACCAGGGGGUACGAUGUGCAGCACUGCAGACUCAGAUACUUGAGAAUCGAGAGGCGGAAGAGGAAGAGGAGGACGGGCUUAGGACUGUGGUGGAGUGUGGCCACUCUGCCCACUUACACCCCACUGGGGG